AUGAGUACCUUUGUGUUUGGAGCCGUGAACAUGUCUCUCUCUACUGUCAGUAUCCCUCUUAACCUUUUUGAUGUCUUCUGUUUGAUCAUUACACAAGGAUCUGAGUGGCUGAAACCACCUCUUAACAUUUUGCUGGGAUCUCUUAUUGGAAGCAACAUAGUUCUUCAUGUAUUCACCUUUGUCCUUGCAUUAUGUGAAUUUAUAUCGAUUUCACUGAGCGAAAUGUUUACAGGUGUUGCAGAGGUCACUAUGAUGUAUAUCAUGGAGAUCAGUAUAACCUCCUCCAUUUGGCUGAAUGUCUUCUACUACUGCCAGGUUGCUCCUGCUCAGCAUCCUGUCUUCAUCUGGUUAAAGAAGAACAUCAGAGUCUUCAUAUACUCAGCUCUGAUUAUGGACAGACUCUUAUUUUUGUUUGGAUUCAUGGCCAAUCUUGCAUAUAUUAUCAAAGAAAGACAAAAAGAUGUUAGGGUUAUGGAUGCAAUGCAGAACAGAACAAGUAUGGAUUUUCUUCUUAAUACAUUGACGUCAGAUUUUCCGUUAAGACUGGCUUAUAUCUCACUAAGUCUUUGUGUGAUGUCAGCAUCCAUCUGUGCGAUUGUUCUCCACCUGUGGAAACACAUGCAGAACAUGAAGGAGGGCAGUAGCUCCUUCUCGUCUCCACAGCUUCUGUCUCAGCUAAGGUCGAGCCUCACUGGCAUUAUACAGGCCUUCCUUUAUCUCCCCUGUUCAGCAUUUAUGAUAGCCUAUAAAAUUAUUACACUUGAAUUCCCAGAAAUACAACUAGAGGGAUAAAUCAUUACCACAGUUAUUUCUUUGUACACUUUAGUGACAACCAUUAACAUUGGGGUUGGUCAGUCAAUUUUUUGGCAGCGAGCAAUUCAUGUUUAUCAAAAACUGUUCCAAACUCCAAAUAUUUUUAGCUCAUUGAUUUGGUAG